UCUGGAGCCUGUGGGUGCGUGAUAUAGUGGCUAAACUGGAUGCAUUAUGGAUUCCUCGGAAGGUGCAGGAUCAUUAGACUCGUUUAAGCUUGCUAAUGAAACUUUACGACGGGACUUGCUCUCUGCGCAGUCCACCAUGGAGGUCUCCUGUUCCGAUUUCCUGGGCAUGGACGAGUUUGGUUCUGAGCAACCUGCUUCAGGAACGCCUUCACUAACCCAGUCUGAAAGGGAAAGGCAGAAAACACAAGACAGUCUAAAUAUACUGGGGGACCCGGACUCGCUGGAGCUUUCCAAAACACAUGUAGAGGAGUUCUACAGCAGAGUGUUUCCAGAACCCCCUGGGCCAUCUUCUGAGUUUUGGCAAGCUGAUGUAACGUUACCUAACCAGGACCACGUUGAAGCCGCGUCGCCAAAGGGAACAGAGCGUGGUGAGAACGGGAGCGGUAUGGACAUUGAUGAGGUUAAGCGGGGAACUGGCAAGGAACCCGCAGACACCAAAGAGGGAGGUUCUGCAGAACUGCAUCCAUGCACACCAUCAUCUAGUACAUGUGGCACAGGUGUGCCUUCGUUUACUGAAGGAGAAACUUUGCACUCUGAGAAUAAGCUCAAAAAACUGCUAGAGGUCUCGUCUGACCAAAAGAUGCAGUCAGCGGAGGAUAGCAAACCUGUUUCUGACCUCAGUGAACUAGAGUCCAGCACAAAUACCCUUCUGACAAAUAGGAUUCAAAUGACAGCCACUGGUGAGGAGACAGUGAAGGAAAAAUUGGCAUGUGUACCAGCAGAGGGCAGUGUGGACCCACAAUUAAGUGAAGUUAAAUCAGGAACAGCAACAGAAGCUAAGGACUUCCCCGCAGCCUCCAGUCCAACUGAAAAUGCAACUGUUUCUGAAAACAGACUUGCCAAACUGGAGUGUCGGAGAGUUCAGCGCCUGAGGAGAGGGGAGGUGAGACGGGCGUCACAGAGCUUGUCAGACAGUGUCAAGCUCUCUGACGACGACGAUUCGGACGCCAUGGUGGACGACCCCAAGGACGAGGACUUCGUCCCACACACGACGCCCCUGCCCCGCCGCUCGUCCAGGGUGACCAUGCGAAACCAGAGGGCUCAACACUUGGCUACCCAGGCCAGCACCGGCGUCUCUGGCCGCCACGUGUCCCACACGACCCCCUCACGUGACCACGUCCAGAAGCCUGGGGCAGCUCCCCCCUCAUCACAGGACACGCCUCGACCGCCCCCCAAGAUGCAUUGUGCCUUCUGUCGGACCCCCCUGCAGAAGGGCCAGACAGCCUACCAGCGGAAGGGCAUGCCCCAGCUCUUCUGCUCCUCUGUGUGCCUCUCUGCCUAUGCCAAGAGACCACCCAGAAAAAAGCCUUGUGUGUUUUGCAAAAAGGAUAUUGGGAAUGUGAAAGACACUGUUUUUGCCCAGACGGGGCCUUCCAAUUCUUUCCAGGAAUUCUGCAACAAUGUCUGCCUUUCUCUCUACGAGGCUCAGUUUGAGGCGCGUGCUCCAUUGAUAACAGAUGCUACACUGCCGAGAUGCAGCAUGUGUCACAAAGUGGGGGAGAUCCUCCAUGAGGUGAGCAACGGGAACAUGGUGCAUCACCUAUGCAGCGACGCCUGCUUCACCCGCUUCCGGGCCACCAAGGGCCUGAAGACCAGCUGCUGUGACAGCUGCGGCCUCUACAUCUACACCAAGGCGGCCCGCGCUGAGCACCUCCUCCACGAGGGCCAGCAGAGGAGGUUCUGCAACACCGCCUGUCUGGCUCAGUUUAAGAAGAAAAACACCAAAGUACUACCAUGCCAGUGGUGCAAGACUCUUUGUAAAAACUUCGACAUGCUGUCCAACACAGACAGCAACGGGAGGACAGGCCUCUUCUGCUCGGUCUGCUGCAUCACGUCCCACAAAGUAAAAGCCUCCUGGGACACAGCUCCGGCCCGGCCCUGCGGUUUCUGCAGGCGCACGCUCUCUGAGCCCGCCUACUACUACAAGACCAACCGCGUCGUUUACCAGUUCUGCAGCCCCAGCUGCUGGACCAAAUUUCAGAACAAUAGCCCUGAUGGUGAUAUCCACUUGAACUGCCACUCCUGCCACACAGUGUUUAAUGGGAAGCCAGAAAUUUUAGAUUGGCAGGACUCCAUCUUCCAGUUCUGCUGUAAGGAGUGCUGUGAGGACUACAAACGUCUACAUGGCGUGGUGAUUGUGUGUGAGCACUGCAAGCAGGAAAAGCUGCUCCACGACAAGAUCAAGUUUUCCGGUGUGGAGAAGAACUUCUGCAGUGAAGGCUGCAUCUUGCUGUACAAACAAGAUUUCACCAAAAACCUGGGCCUGUGUUGCAUCAACUGCACGUACUGUUCCCAGACCUGCACGCGAGCCGUCACCGAGGAGCUGGACGGCAACACGUGGGACUUCUGCAGUGAGGACUGCAAGAGCAAAUACCUCCUGUGGUACCUAAAGGCUGCCCGGUGCCAUGCCUGUAAGCGGCAAGGCAAGCUCCUGGAAACCAUCCACUGGAGGGGGGAGAUCAAGCACUACUGUGACCAGCAGUGCCUCUUGCGCUUCUACAGCCAGCAGAACCAGCCCAACCUGGACACCCAGCAGGGUCCAGAGAGCCUGCUCAACAGUCAGUCCCCAGAGUCUAAGUCACCCCCCACUGCUGCAAAGAAAAUUGACCCCACAGGAAAGAUGCAGCCAGCCCAGCUUUCCCCUUCGCCCUCUCCUCCCCCGCCUCUGCCCACUUCCAGUACGCCUCACAAGAACAAGGCCUCCAUAUGCAAACCCGUGACUGAGACUAGAUCUGUCACCUGUAAACCUGAAACCAAGUCACAGGCUUGCCAGACAGAUGGAUUUGUGACACCCCAGUCCUUUAUGCUGCCCGUCCCUGUGCCCGUUUUCAUCCCAGUGCCACUGCACAUGUACUGCCAGUACGCGCCCGUGCCCUUCGCCAUGCCUCUGCCGGUUCCCGUCCCUAUGUUUCUUCCCACCACGCUGGAAAAUGCCGAUAAGAUUGUUGAGACAAUCGAGGAGCUGAAAGUUAAGAUCCCGUCCAACCCGCUGGAGGCUGACAUCCUGGCCAUGGCCGAGAUGAUUGCGGAGGCUGAAGAGAUGGGCAAAGACUCUUCGGAUCUGUGUGAUUUGGCCAGUAACCAGAGCGCAGAGGGCUUGCUGGAGGACUGUGACCUGUUUGGCCCAGCCCAAGACGAUGUGCUCUCCAUGGCGGUCAAGAUGGCCAACGUUUUGGAUGAGCCUGGUCCAGACCUGGAUUCAGGUCUCCCCAAAACCCCUCUAGAUCUGAACCCCAGUGUGGAGUUCCUGUUUGACUGUGGAAUCGUUACACCAGACGUUCGUCCGGAACACGAGCUUCCUGUACCGGUUCAGAAGGGAUCGAAGCGCCUUGCACUGUCAGAGAGCUCCUCUACCGACCCUCUUGGCAACCAACCCUGUGGCACAGGGUUAAGCUGUACCUAUGGGGUCAACGCCUGGAAGGCCUGGGCCCACAGUAAGCGCUCCGGGACAGAGGAAAGAAGAGCAAAACGUUUUAAAAUAAAAGAGGACAUUCUUUCUUGUACGGCUGCUGAGCUUAAUUAUGGUCUGGCACAGUUUGUGAAAGAGAUUGCGAGUCCCAGUGGAGAAGGCUAUGAGCCGGACAGCGUUUACUACCUGUGUCUUGGCAUUCAACAGUACCUUCUGGAGAACAACAGAAUGGUGAACAUCUUCACGGAUCAGUACUACGUGACCUUUGUGCAAGAACUGAAUAACAUAUUGAGUGGGUGGCAGCCCAGAGUGUCACCUAACGGUGGCGCUGUGUCACGCGUGGAGGAGGAGCAUCUGUGGGAGUGUAAGCAGCUGGGCGUCUACUCGCCCUUUGUCCUGCUCAACACGCUCAUGUUUUUCAACACCAAGUACUUCGGCCUGCGGACGGUGGAGCAGCACCUCCAUCUGUCCUUCAGCAACGUGGUGAGGCAGUGCAAGAGGAGCUCAACGCCACGUGGCCCUGUCAAGGCGCUUAGCGUGUGCUACCUCCCCAGCCUGCGGCACAGGGCGACCAAAGAGAGCAGCCUGGGAAAGAGGAAGCAGGAGGAAGAGCCGCCGGAGCUGGAGCAGCGGGAGAACAGGAUGAACCCACUCAGAUGUCCUGUGAAAUUCUUCGAGUUCUACCUUUCCAAGUGCCCCGGGACCAUGCGCAGCCGUGGCGACGUGUUCUACCUGCAGCCGGAGCGCUCCUGCGUGGCUGAGAGCCCGCUCUGGUACUCGGCCGUCCCCAUGGACAGGGGCGCGCUGGAGAGCAUGCUCAACAGGAUCCUGGUCGUCAAGGAGAUCUACGAAGAUCACACAGCACAAAACAACCUCAACUGACCUGCCCUGGGCCUCCCGCCCCCCCUAAAAUUCCCCAUGGUCAUACUUCUUCCCCCCUUUUUCCCCUCCACGUACACUCGCGCUGUGCUGGGGGGCUGAGCCCAAGGUCGCCCAGCCCAGAGGAAGCCGUGGCGCCCGGGGGCACCUCUGCAUGACAGAAAGAGCUGGUCUUGAUUCUGUACAGAUGAAGAGAAUGACGCACCCGUUCUGGCCAUGAGAGCGUGGCCGUGCAGUGCAUCGGCCACGUGAAAAGACUUGAGUGAUGUCAUCACCUGUCUGUUCACCACGGAAGUGGUUUCAUUUUACACAUUUUAUUCAUUUUCAGUACACUUAAUUUUUUUUUUUUGUUGUUGACCACCAUGGUAAUAUAUACAUGGCAGAUAAUUCAAAGGAAGAAGUCCGAUUGCCUUGUUAUUACUGCUUUCAAGGUUGAGUUUAGAUCGCUGGUUGCCAUAGAGAUGCAGAGUUAAGGUUCACCUUGUCAAUGGACCAGUCAAGCGCAUGUUGAUCUGCCCUGGCCAGUUAUUCCAAAGUUCCUGGAAAGUUGCUACUUGUCAAGUAGAGAUCCACAGUAAACAAUUUAAAAUAAAAAUACUAAAACAGCUGAGACACUUCAAUAUUGACCAAAAACGAUAAAAAAAAGAUCUACAACGUGUGAAAAUGAGGUUGAUGGCAAAUUGUUUCUCACUUUUUUCUCACUGUAACUUGAGUGACUGAUAAACAAUAACUUGCAUGUUUUCUUAUCAGUGAUGUUUAGCUUUUUUAAAUCAUGAUGCUGUUUGAAUAUUUUUGUUCAAUCCUAAAAUGUUUAAUACCGUACCUAUAUAGUUAAAUUUAUUGCACAACUGUAGUCUUUUGAGUGAGCUGUUUGAAGAAUUCCCGUUACGUGUUUGGUUUUGAUCUAAAUGCGUACAUGGGAGCUGCCAAGUCACCAGCACAAAUUGUGAAGUUCAGAAUUACUACAUUUUUUUGUUGAAAUUUAAACUUCAUAUAUUAGAUGAGGAACAGGUUCCUACAUUGUUUGUGGAUGCUGCCUUAAAUACCUUACAUUGCUUUACUGCAGAAUUUGUUUUGCGGUUUUAAUGAAUGUGCUUCACAUUUUGUGCUUGGAAUGAAUGAGAAGGGAAUUAGCUGUGAGUUUUAUCCUUGCCAGGGGGACAAAAACAAUGAACACAAAGUUAAUAAAAGCGUUCCUCUUACUGUCUGUUGUUUGCAUAUAAAGUAUAUUUACAUUACACAUACAGCCCAGCUUGGUUACGUUUACAAUAGCCACGCUAAUGCCUUGCAUUAAAAAUUUAAAUGCUGUCCAUUUGUUUGUAUGCGUUGUGAGGGGGUACUGUACCUAUCCCACUUAAGUGCUUUUGUCCUGCCAUGCUUUAUAAUGGUGGCACCUUGGAUAUAUAUGGUUGUCUGAUUCUCUUACACAUGUUGAGUUUACACUGUCAGCCUCUCCCAGCA